UUCGGUGUGUGUGAUAUGACCACCGUGACCUACAUUGUAUCUAAUGCUGUUUAUCGCAAUUUACUUUAGGCUACAAACAAAGAAAACCUGAAACCUGAAAUGGGAACCAGAGGUGAGAGGGAAGUUACACUGCAGAGGGUCCAGCUUUUUCGGCUUACUCGCAUUUCACUGCUUGAUUUAGGAGCUUGUUGUGGUCUUUUUUGGCAUGUUUGAACUGUAUAUGCUGGCAGGAAUCCGACUGAAGUUUCCUUGAACUGUCAACGCCUGUGACAGCCGUUGCCCGCCUCACCACAACCCCUCUACUGUCCCCUGGGGCAACUUGGAAAGCCCCGAGGUUGGCAGAAGGGUGGUUCGCCUUUACCUGAAGUAGUGCUGACAGGAUUGUGGUGAGGUGAGUUCCCCCUGGCUUUUCUCGUGUAGCUGGUGGUUUGACAGACAAAACAGCAUCUAAUGCGUGAAUACCAUCUAAAUCCGCUCAUGCUGAGAUGUUUCACUUUCAGUGCCGAGCUAACCUGUUGCUUCAGCACUCUCCUGUCCCGCAGUUUGACCUCUAAUUAACCCUGUGAUGCAUCACAAAGUCUCUCCGGGCAGAAGUGACCUCAGUCCUGGAAGCAUGUUGCGGUUGUGACGAUGAGCUUAGACAACGCAUAAAAAACUCCCAGUUUGUAUUAUUUCCAGGUUCCUCAUGUUCUGAGUCAGUUCAAAUCCCUUUAGGAUGCAACACCAGUGAAAUCAUCGCCUGAUAAUGUGAGCUAUGCCUUAAACUUGUGAUGUGAUGACACCAACAUAUCGCCUGCUUGAGCUAAGAGGACCCACCCCUUUACGCACUUGUACGAGUUUCUGAUUGAGAAAUGCAUUUCCUCUGACCUUGCCAGCUUCCUGUGUGAAUGCCCACAUGAAAAAUAUGGUUGCUCAAAGACACAUGUGGUCUGAGGAGACACUAGAAACAGAGACACGAAAUUCAGCAGAACUAUUUACCAAGAAAAUCAAGCGAAAGGUAGAGAGAUGUGUUGCAAAUUCAAAAUCUCCCUUUGUCUGGUAAACAGUGUGGUUUUCAUGCAGGUUUUUUCACUUACCUUUGAAAUUGUUGAUCCCCUCAGAGGUAAACUAUGAGUUAACCAUUGCUGCAUCUGGACACCAGAUGAUUAGAUAUGAGACUGUUGCCUUCAUUUGAAUUCAAGAAACUUAAUGGUGCAUCAUCAGUAUGUAGGUUUGUGCACCAGCUAGAGCUCACUUUUGCUUCCUCACAGACACUGACUAAGCCCUCACCUUCUCACCCACUAUCUCUAAAGGGUGUCAGCCAGCCUGCUAGUGAAUAGUGUCAAAGGGAAGGCUGACCUCAGUCCUUAAAUUAUCCUCAUGCGUGUCUGACACAGUUUUGUUCCUCAAGCGAUUGAAAUAAACACCUAUAUUUUCCAUGCACAGCUAAAAGGAAGUGCUGUUAAAAACAUUUGCACUAAACUGUGUGUUAAUACAGCUCCUAAUAAUCUAGUGGACAAUGUCUCUACAUGCCUCCACUGUGGGCAGGCAUGUAGGGACAUUGUCCACUUGUUUCAUAUGGGAGAGAGAGAGAGAGAGAGAGAGAGAGAGAGAAAAAAUGCACACACGAAUGAGAGGAGGAAAUUCUGGGAAAUUUGGUUGCCUCACAAGAGCACGUCAUUUCCUCCUAUGACAAAUGUGUGGUUUCAGUCUUUUUAAAAAGUUUUAGAGGAGUGUGAUUAUGAUAAGUCCGCAGAAUUUGCCUGAUACCGAGAGGAGAAUGAAUGGUCAUGUGAAGAGUAUGAGUUUUCAGAAGUUUAUGGAAUCGGCAACAACAUUACUCUCUCUCCUGCUGAUUAUGGCUGUUGAUUCAACAAAAACUGUGGCGGCAAGCAGAAACCAGCAGUGUGGGAAUGCUCUGCUACAGACUUUGAAGCUCACCAGACUCGUACGAAAGGAAUCUACCGACCUAAUCAAAACAUAUAAAGUUUAUCAAGGAGAAAUGUCAGAUCUCUUCUGCGAGGGGUCAGUGAGCAACAUCCCUGACCCCAGCAUCUCUGGGCUGGAUCCCUCCGAGAAGAUAGUGAGCAUCUACACCAAUCUCCAAAUGUUCAUCCCACAUUUCAAGCGGGUGUACGAGCAGCAGACAGACUUACAGUCACCAACCAGCCCUCUGCUGACUGAGCUCACCAAUGUCAGUCUUCGCAGCAGGAACCUGGCUCUUCUCAUAAAGGCAUUUUAUCAGAGCCUCUUCCCAAACCUGCCUGUUCCGGAGCCGGCGGGAGGGCCGACGACGCUACCUCCCCCUCAGAACGUCUUCCAGCAGAAGGUCUACGGCUGCGUGGUCCUGAAGACCUACAAGAAGUUUCUGUUAGACGUUUCCAAAGUACUGAACAAUAUAAAAGGUAAAGUGUGCAGAAGGAGGAUCCAGAUGAAUGCACUCUUUUUCUGAAGAUGAGACAGUCAGUUUCCAGCAGCAUUUGGGCUGUUAAAGACUUAAAAAUGGAAGUGUGUAUGAAGAUGGCUGGUACAUCAGUGUAAUGGAGCCUAUUUAUGGUAUUUAAUAUUUAUUUUCUCGUGUGUUUCUGGUGAGAAGAAUGCUGUUCAAAGAGUGUAGAGAUGUCUCCAAGCAAGUUAUGUAUAUUUAAUUUGUGUUAUGUAAGGUUCUAAGUUGCAAACUUAUUUGAUGUACACAGAAUUCUAUAAAAAUCUAAUACUUUGCAGCUAUACUUCUCUGUCACCUUUGUUUUCUUUAUGUGGUCAGUAAUGUGUGUCAGUGUCUGACAAGUAAACUCAGUCUAAAUACAAACAUC